AUGGCCCGCAGAUCGUUUUACGAGGACGACGAGGUCGUGACCACAAAGCCCGGGGUCAAUACGGAGAUCAAGCCUGAGCUCAAAGAACGGGAGUCUGCGCAUGGCAACAUCUCGUUUGUCGACGGCAUGGGAGUUCGGACCACGCCCUAUUUGGAGAAACAGGCCAACAAAUUCCGCCACUUUGUGCACGAAAAAACCAGCGUGAUGAUUGCUGAGCUCGGCACGCAGAAAACGGCGUUUUGUAACGAGUGGCAGAACUUGCAGACGAAACUAAAUGAGACGAUCGUGGACCCGGUUUUCCCCGGGGUGCUGAACUUCGUGUUCCCGAUCUUGGUCACCAAUGUGUUUGUGGCCAAGAGAGCCUUGCCGCUCCGAUUUGUGGCUUCGUCGCUUGCUGCGGGCCUUUCGCUUAAGUACAACAUGCCUCUCACUUAUUUGGCUUCUAAGGGCAAGCUCUGUGCGUGGGAAAAAGACAAUUUACCCGAGCUUUAUGAGCAGCAACAGGAGUUGGUGUCUGCUGCCAACGUGUGGGUGAAGGACGCCAGGAUUUUGCGAGACCAGGCGAAAGUAGACUUGGAAAAGCUGGUCCAUGAUGCCAGGGUAGCAAUUGCCAAAGCUCUUGAGGACGAGUAA